AUGGCAUUAGUUCAUCGAAAGCAGCGCUCCAUCUAUAUUCAAACUGUUCAAGCCCUAGAAGAGGGACAAUCCAUUCAGGACUUUAACUGGCAGACGGACGGCUACUUGAGUUUUGAAGUCUAUGAAGGCUUCAAUGCCUGGUCUGGUCGAGUCCGACGUCAAGAGUACCGCAAAGACUGGCCUCACGACGGCGAGCAACACGACCUAUCGCGGUUUGAUGAGCUCAUCAAGAUCCUUCGCCCAAUUCCCAAAGACAAGAUAUACCCUGAAUUCCCCGCCGAAGAGCUUACUCGGUACAAGCCAGAGCAGGACAGAAAUACUCAUGGUCCUUACCUUAAGGCGCCCAAACUCGGACACUACCAGGAAGGCAGAGACGACCUAGCAGUCAGGAUGCUCAACGAAGCCAGAAUCUAUGAGAGCAUAUUACGCAGCCCACACAGCAACCUAGUUAAAUAUCUUGGUUGUGUUGUGGAAGAGAGUCGGGUGGUGCGCUUAGCAUUGAGGAGGUAUACCAAGUCUCUGGAUGACUAUUGUCAGGGCGAGAUGCUGGACCAAUCUACUUUUCAAUGGCUUGUGGAUUGCCUAGAUUAG